AUGUAGGUGAAUACAAAUAGAACUGAUAAUGGUUUAUUAUAGGACUGUUAUUUUGGUCCUUGUGUUUUGGUUGAUUCUACUCAUGUGAACAACUAUAAAAAGAAUUCACCUUCUAAAAAUUCAAUCUCAUCAGACAUAAGUUAAAAAGAAAUUGAGUAAUAAUCUAAUAAUAUUUCUCAAAAUGUUGAAAUGUUACCAAUAACUCUUUAAGUUUUAAAGGCAAAAUAAAACUUUAGAAAUAAAGGGAAUCCUAACCAAUAAUCAUAAAGUAAUUUCAUUAAGGGAAGUAAGAGACAACUACUUGAACCUAAAAUAUAAAAAUCUGAACAAUCCACCUUUAUGAAAACCCUUAUUAAAAAUAACAUCAUAAAUAAAUUUAAAAAUAACCUAUACUAAUCGUCCUAUGUACUUCCAGAUUAAAUGAAAUACAUAUUAGAAAAAGAAAGUUACAUCUAGGAAUAAAAGGAAAAAACAAAAGUUAAUUCAAACAAAAUAGGGAUGAGGUAAUUAAAUUAUAUUUAAAGUCAGUAAAGAAAAUGGCCAAACCAGCAAAAUUUUGAAAUUAAGUGUUUUACUCAUGCCAGAUAGAAAUCUAACAAUUUUAUGGGAUUUCAUAUCUUUGUUUGUUCUGUUUCUUAGACUGUUUUUUUGCACUAUGAUUGCAUCCUUUGGAUAAUCAGAUAAUUUUUAUAAAGGCAGUGAGGUUUUCUUUAAUAUAUAUAUACUCUUUGAAACUGUUCUAACCAUUUUUAGACCAAUAAUACUUUAAGGAGAAAUUGUAAGUGAACUUGAAUAAAUUUGGAUUCUAUAUUUGAAAAAUUAAAUGUUAGAAGAUUUAUCUAGUUUUGUUAUUUGGUUUAUGAUUUAUUUUGAUUUAAAUUAAGUUGUAGUUCUUAAUGAAAUCUUGGCCAUAAUCCAAUUUAUUAUAACUGUUAGGUAAAUAGCUAGAAAAUAUAAUAUUCAAAUUGAAUAAUUGUAUUUAAAAGGAUUUAAUAGUGAUUUUCUAGAUUUAAUUAGUCUAUUCAUAAUUAUAUGUUUUUUUGCUCAUACAAUGGCUUGUUUGUGGCAUUACAUAGGCUAUAUCACAUUAAAUUAAGGUUCUUGGUUAACAUAUUAUGAAAUAACAAAUGAAAAUAUAUGGGUUAAGUAUAACUUCUCUUAUUAUUGGGCAACUAUGACUAUGGUUACAGUUGGAUAUGGAGAUAUUACACCUAAAAAUUAGGUUGAAGUAGCAUUUGUAUCAAUAGUGAUGAUAUCAUCUAGUUGUAUGUUUGCUUAUUCAAUGAAUUCUAUAGGAGUGAUAGUAAAAACUAUUUAUGAUGAAAAAAUUAGAUUUAAGUAUUGAUUCAUUAAUAUAAUCAUUAGGAGAACAUUAAUAUUAAUGAAUCAAUUUAUGUCUAAAAAUGAAGUAGACUCUUAGAUAUAAAGUAGAGUGAAGAACUAUAUAAAAUUUAGUAUUGAAAAUGAAGUCUUAGAGAACAAAGAAGAAACUACUAAAAUAAUUAAUGAUUUACCAGUUGGUUUAAGAAAAGAAUUAGAAUCAGAUAUUUAAUAAAAAGCUAUUUAAAAAAUUAAAGUCAUUACAGAUUAUUUUUCAAUAUAAACUUAAAAUUAAGUUAAAAACAAUUUAAUUCCAAUUAAAUUUACUCCUAAAGAUAUAAUAUAUCAUAGAGAUGAUAUUAAAGAUAAAAAUUUGUAUAUUAAUAUAAUAAUUUAGAUAUUUCAUUUCUGAAGGGGAAGUAUAAAUAUUAGAAGAACAAAGUCAAAAAAUAAUAAGAAGAUUAAAAGCAGGGGAUGUUUUUGGAGAAUUUUAAUUUUUUACUGGAUAAAAUCCUAAAGAAUCCACUAUAAGUGUAGGAUUUACAUAAUUAUAUAGGAUAGAUAGAGAUAAAUUUAUAAGUAUUAUUAAAUAAACACAAAAAGAUUAUGAAAAAUUUCAUAAAAUCAAAGAUUCUAUUUUAUAUUCUAAAAAUUAUACAAGUAUACUAUGUAAAUGUUAUAUUUGUAAUAAAUAUUCACAUAAAGAUAUUGAAUGUCCUUAUUUAACAUAUCAACCUUCUAAAUAUUUAAAAAUCUUAAAAUUUAAUAAAUUUGAACAUAAUGAAAGAUAAAAACAAAAAAGAAAUGAUAGAAAACAUGUUAAAGCAUAAAUUGAUUAAUAAUAAAUUGAAGCAACUAUUAGAGAUUUUUAAGAAUUCUUAUCAGAAUCAAUUUUAGGAGAACUUAAUGAUUAAGUGUUAACUUAUUAAGUAUCAGAUAGUAUGAGUGGUUAAAUUGAAACAAUUCCUAUAGAAGAAUUAAGAGAGAAAUCUUCAAAUUCAAUUAAUAAAAAUAUUCAACAAAACGUAUUAAAUAGAAGAGAAUCACAAACACCAAUUCUUGAUAUAGAUAAGAGAAAGUCAGUUGUUUUAGUUAAAAAAAAGUUAUCUUUAACAGAAGAGGAAAGGAGAAAGACUCAAAUUUAUAGAGAAACUUUAAUUUUUAAAUAAUUAGACUAAUUUUAAGUGAAAUAAUAGUUUUAUGUAUUAGAAGGAAUUGAUAAAAUGUAGAAUUAUAUAGAUUAUUUGCCACACAAUAAUGCUAAUUAAGUUAUCAGAAAUGCAAACAAAGAAAAACCAAAGGCUAAAUCUAUUAGACCUUAAGUCUUUAAAUUUUCAAAUAGUUUUAGAGUGAUGAAAAAUAUAUGA